AUGAAUCACAUUAACAAGUUCAUAGCAACUCUGUGUUGUUGAGCUUACAAGCACAAGUCCCAAUCUGCAGUAUGAGUGAAAUGCAUCUUACCAGCCCUCAGGGGGGAAGCCAGAGAUUCUUCCAAGUGGCCACCAAUAUAAGGCAUGUGUGUGGGAUCCUCCUCAGCCUCAAAAGGUAUAUUGGAAGGAACAAAGUCGUGGAGUGGGCAUUAUUUCACCUACAAAUGCAGAUACACAGUAGGAGUGAUCUUCUCUUCAAUAUAAGCAGCUUUUCAAAGAAUAACAUGAGAAAGGACUUUGAAAAGCUUAAGAACCUGUUAUGUGUUCACCCACAGCAAAGAACUCAGCAAACACUGAGACAGAUCCAGGCAUGUUUAAAGAAGAACAGAGCAUUUCAAAGUCUCCGAGACAAAACUCAGCUUAAGCUAUGUCAGCAUGCUGUGUACCAAGAGUAUGAAACAAAGACCUUAGUGAUUAAACAAGGUCAUGCACCAAGUGAGUGCUAUCUCAUCCUCUCUGGAACUCUCAUGGCAGUCACAGAAAACGGCAAUUCAAAAACACAAAGUACAUUGACUGAUGCCUUAUACGAAGUUGAGGAAGGGGAUUUUGUAGGGGAAAUUGGCCUUGUUACUAACAAGCGACCAGUAUCUUUUAUUUGCAAAACACACGUGGAAGUGCUGGUGAUUGAUAAGGAGGCAUUUAAAGAUGUUUUAACGGCCAAGGUACAGGAGCAAUAUUUAGGUCUCUGUGACUUCCUAAGAAAUGUCCCAUUGUUUGCAUCGUGGCCUUCAGAGAAAAUAGACCUCCUUGUUCAUUGCUCUCUGCAAAGAAAUUACAGAGCUGGAACAACAGUAAUUGUAAACAGCCUGACUUCGUCCUUUUUGGUCCUGGUAAAAUCUGGAAAAUGCCAGAUUGUUCUGCAGCUUACACCAGACAGAAUGUUAUCUGAUUCCAGUGCUACAAGGAAUUACUCUGCUCUUCUAAAAAGGUUUCCGACUAUGCCACUCAUCUUAGAGAAAAGAAAUGGCUCUGCUUAUCCUUUUGAAAGGCCGGCAUUGCCACAGGCACCUUUUUCGGCUUCAUACAGAGCAGCAUCCAAUCAAAUGCACACAAGAGCAAGGCCACAGACUGCCGGCCCGUUGACCUUCUCAUUACAAGACAGGACAGAGCGCUGUGACUCGGACUAUAAAGAUAAAAAGCCAACUGAGGAAGUGCAAUGCAUUUUACAACAAGCGACUGCAUCCUCUGCAGGGCGUUUCAUUACAGUCGGCACGCUCGAACACGGAGGGGUCUUUGGUCUGGCAGAGACCAUAUUUAUGUCUUCUGGUUUACGGUUUAGCCUGAUCAGUGAGGGAGCUGAAUGCAUUCUUAUACCAACAAAACUGUUCCUUUUGGAAGCCCCUGCCAAGUCCAUGCAGAUCGCCCAAGAGCUGGUGAAUACCUUCCCCACAGAGAGCACAAUUAGGGAGAACUAUGAGAGACAUAAAAUAUGGACUGCCUACAAGGACAAAAUUAUUGGCCAACAACUGACAAGGGAUCAGAAACCACUUUUCAGAAAAUGAAUAAACAGAGAAUGAACAGACAGACAAGUAGAAGAGCUUCAUUUGUACAAAGACUAUGUUCUAUUCAUUUAAUGGCAAGUUCAUUUAAAUGGCCUUCCAGAGGAAGAUUAUUGAUACUUAGUGAUGGGCAAAUUUAUUCACCAGGUGCGAAGUCGUGGUGAAUUUUCGGGUUUUUCCGUCGGCGAAUAAAUCUGCAAAAUUGCAACGAAAAUUCGACGCCGUCAAAGAUUUUUGACACCGGCGAAAAUUCAAACAAAACGAAACGGGACAAAUUUGCCAAUCACUGCUGAUAGUACUGGUA